AUGGACGCCGUCGCCGCCCGCAACUUCGUGAUCAACCUCUCCGGGAACAUCCUCGUCGUCCGCAGCCACGCCAGGCCGGCCGAAGUGCACGUACCUGCCGUUGUUGGUAGUGAGGUCAUUCAAUGGAUAAAGAAACUGGAUUUACGGAUCUAUUUUUGGAUACGAGCUAACUUCGAUGGUUGGAGUGGUGAUGAUGGCUAUGAGCAUGAGGAUGGAGCUAAUAUGGACAUUGAGGAGGCUAAAAUCCAGCAACGUGCGCUGGAGACACAGUUGAAGGUUAUGGGUAUGACAUUUGCAUCACAAUGGGAGGCUUACAUGUUCUAUAAUAACUAUGCCAAAGACCGUGGAUUCAGUAUCAGAAAAGAUAAGGUGAAACAAGGAAAAGGACUUUCAACCACUAUUCGGUAUAGGCGAUACGUUUGCUCGAGGGAAGGAAAACGUCUCAGUAAAUUUUUAAACCCGGAGGGCCGUACCCGCAGGCUAAGACCUGAGACUCGUUGCGAGUGUGGCGCACAUUUAGUCAUGAAGUUGGACAAAGGACGUGGAGUUUGGUUCGUGGCAGCUUUUAUGGAUGAUCACAACCAUUUGUUGGCUAGAGCAGAUGAGGUGGUAUUUCUGCGGUCACAUCGAGUGAUGGGAGAUCACCAGAUAGCUGAGAUCUUGGCGAUGGAAGGAGCUGGGAUCAGAAAGCAUAUCAUCGUCGACAACUUCAUUAGUAGGUAUGGCUCGUAUGAUAAGUGUGGGUUUCUGAGACGAGACGUCUACAACCUAUGUUGCCGAGAAAAAAUGAAGUUGAUUGCGAAGGGUGAUGCUAACACGGCAAUCGGGAUUAUGAGUAGCAGAAAGGAGAAGGAUCCAGGCUUUUUCUUUGAGUACGUGCUCGAUAAGGAGGGCCGUUUGAAGAGCAUGUUCUGGUGCGAUGCACAGUCGCGGCGGGACUAUCAGUUGUAUGGAGAUGUGACUGUGUUUGACAGCACGUAUAAGAUGAACAGAUAUGGUAUGUCGUCCAUCCCCUUUGUUGGUGUAAAUAAUCACCGUUGCACCACAGUUUUUGGUUGUGCCAUUGUGUCCGACGAGACCGAAGCGACGUACGUGUGGCUGCUCCAGACAUUCCUGAAGGCCAAUUGUCAGAAGAAGCCAAGGUCAAUCAUCACAGAUGGAGACGCUGCAAUGAUACGAGCUAUUCGGUUGGUUUUGGUUGAUAUGUUGCACCGUCUCUGCUCAUGGCACAUGGAAAAAAUAUGCAGAAGCACCUUAAUUACAAAUCGCUAA